GGGGGCGGUCCCCGAGGGGAGGAAGGGAAAAGCGGGAACGAGAGCUGCCCCUGGCCCGGCGUCCCGGAAGCCUCCUCCAGACCUCCCCGGAGCCGUGCUGCGGGGUGAGGUGACAGUUGGUUCUUCCAGCUCAGUUGUUACAGCUUCGUUACCACCCCAGGCCAGACACACACCCAUCAGCGAAGGGGAAAUCUUCAGGCUACCAGGCAGGCUGAGAAUCCAGCCCUCACUGUGGAGCAAGGACGAUGUCAUCCACUGGCUCAGAUGGGCAGAGAAAGAGUAUUCCCUUCGACAAACCGAAGAAAGCAAGUUUGAAAUGAAUGGCAAAGCCCUGUGCAUCCUUACCAAAGAUGACUUCAGAUACCGAGCUCCUAGCUCAGGUGAUGUGUUAUAUGAAUUACUCCAGUACAUUAAGACUCAAAGAAGAGCUCUGGUGUGCAGCCCUUUGCUGAACUCACCUUUCCAAGAUGCCAGGAUCACAGAGGAAGGGAUGGACUGUGGUGUGGAGGCUGCCCCGGCUGCUCUUUCAUCCUGCCUGGGCCACACAGAGCUGUCCUCAUCCCGCAGCUGUGAGGAGCCCCUGAACCUCUCCCAUCACAACUCUGAGGGCAGCUGCAGGGCAGAUUCUAUCUGCUCAUUUCCUACAGCCCUGUCAGCACCAGUGGAUGGGAAAAUUGCAGAUUGCAGGUUACUGUGGGAUUACGUAUACCAGCUCCUCUCUGACAGCCGCUAUAUGCCCUACAUCAAGUGGGAAGACAAGGAAGCCAAGGUCUUCCGCAUUGUUAACCCAAAUGGACUUGCCCAGCUCUGGGGGAACCACAAGAACCGGAUGAACAUGACGUAUGAAAAGAUGUCGCGAGCACUCAGGCAUUACUACAAACUUAACAUCAUCAAAAAGGAGCCGGGGCAGAAGCUGCUGUUCAGAUUUCUGAAGACUCCUGGGGAGAUUGUCCAUGAGAAAUCCAGCAAACUGGAGCAGCUGGAGAAUGAGGACCACGAGGAUCUCAAAGAAGACCCACUGGAGGUUUCAUCAUAGGAAUUCUUUGAAGGUUGCAUUUGCAGUGCUUUGCAGAGGGACUUGUUCUCUGCUGGGGAGAACCAGCAUCUCCUGCUCUCCUGGACAGAAGGCCACAGAGGUGGUCCUGGAUUUCAAAACCUGCCCUGAGCCAUAGCUGUGACAUCUCUGGAGCUUCACCAGCAAAACACACCCAAAAACUAUCCCCAAGCCCAGAAAGCACAGGUGAAUGUGUGUGCUGGUCUUCUGCUCACUGCUUCUUCCUCCUCUAGCAGGGACCAUGAUAUUUUUGUUCUGUAAAUCUUGAUGCUUGUCUUUAAGGUCCAAACUUGCUGCUAAAGACUGCUUGGUUGUUGCAGCGAGAUGUGCCAAGCAGAGAGCACCGGAGCAUGCGCUCUGGGUUGAACAUCUGCAGAAGCAAGUGGUGGCCCUGAAUGUGGACGUGCUGCUCUGAAUCUGAGAUGUUCCCUUGAUUUGAGAUCAGACUUACCUUGCAGAUAUGCUGUACGUUGUAAUCUGCCUCCUGUGGAGCCAAUCCUGUGAUUAAGGGUGGGAAUGUGCUGAAGUAUCUGUCUGGAUCAGGCCUGGUUGGAACUUCAGGCUGUGCACUGUGUCUUGUUUUAACUCCCUUUAACUCUUUCCCUCCAUUUAAUAAUGCUUUUUGUAAUUAGCUCACUAAAUAAUGUGACAAGAAACAGGCCAGUAAUGUACA